AUGGUUGUAAGUUCUACCAUCAUUGUCUCAGUGAUUAAUGGAAAAAUAGCAGUCUGGGAAACAGAGAAUGAAAGAGCAGCCGUGGCCAGCAUCAUCCCACAAUUAGACCUCACAGUUCUGCAAACCCCUCAGCGACAGACUGAAGAAGUGGACAUGCUGAUGACAGAGGUCACCAGGAAUGGGACAGCCAUCCAGGAGUUUAUCCUCGAGGGGUUCCCUGCAGCUGAGCACCUGGGGAUCCUCCUAUUUCUAGUGCACUUGCUGGCCUACUUGGCUUCCCUUGUGGGCAACAUGCUCAUAAUUACCAUGACCUGCGAGGACCAUCGCUUACACACACCUAUGUACUUCUUCCUCAGCACCUUCUCCUUUGUCGAGUACAGUUGUAUAUCUACCGUUAUUCCUCAGUUACUGGCCAUCUUUCUUUCAGGGAGGCAAAAGAUUUCCUUUGGAGCCUGCUUCACCCAAGCCUUUGUCUUUCUUUUCCUGGGGGCAACUGCUUUCUUCCUUCUUGCUGUGUUGUCUCUGGACCGGUAUCUGGCCAUCUGCAAACCUCUGCAUUACCACACCAUCAUGAGCCCAAGGAUGUGCGUCUUUCUCGUUACUGUCUGUUUAGUUCUGGGAUUCCUCCUCAUGGCCAUUCCAGUUGUAAUGCUUUCCCAGUCAGUGUACUGUGGCCCCAAUGUCAUUCCUCACUUCUUCUGUGACUUUGGACCACUGGCAAAUCUCUCCUGUUCUGAAACCAGGUCUAUCAAAAUGCUGUUCUUUAACUUUGCUUUAAUUGUGCUUUUUACAUCCCUUCUUAUAGCCGUCUUUGCAUACAGCAAUAUAGUAGUCACAAUAGUGCGUCUGCCCUCAGCCAGGGAGCGGCAGAGGGCUUUUUCCACCUGUUCCUCUCACCUCAUCGUCCUCUCGCUGAUGUUUGGCAGCUGUAUAUUUAUAUACAUUAAGCCAAAGCAGUCAAGCAGGCUUGACACCAACAGAGAGGCUGCUCUUGUGAACACGGUAGUGACACCGCUUCUGAACCCUGUCAUCUACACCCUGCGCAACAAGCAGGUGCACCAGGCUCUCAAGGAUACAUUAUCCAGGAUCAAACAUCACAGAUAUCACAGGAAGAAUGUACUUUUCUCUUGA